GAAGGACUCUGGUCCUCCAGGCAAUCAGAGCGCGGGCUUUGUGUGAAUGAAGAUUGAGCUUCACACAAACUAAAACUUCCUCCUGUGUCCAACAUCUGAUAUUAGAAGGGAAGGAUUUUCAGACAAAACUUUCAAACCAAACAUCAUUUCAAGAUCUGACAAUCAUUUCAUUCAUUGGGACCAGAAUAUUGUUGGCAUUUGAAUCUACCAUUUGAAAUCUUUGUCUCUUCUGUCUGCUUCAAAAGAUUUUAAACAUCAGUGUGACUGGAAAAACACUGAGACACAUACACCCACGUGAGAGCGUUCCAGUGCACUUACUAUCGAAAACACUUUGACCAGUUACACAGACUGAAAAAUCAUUGUACCAUCCACAGUGGUGAGAGACUCUACACGUGUUCUGUGUGUUUGAUGCUUCAACUAAUUGUCCCACCUGCAGAGACCCAAGGACAUCAGCAGCAUGGAGAAACUGUGGAAAUGUGGGGACUGUGGGAAGGGAUUCAGAUCCCCAUCUAAGCUGGAAACCCAUCGACGCAGUCACACUGGGGAGAGGCCAUACACCUGCUCCGAGUGUGGGAAAGGAUUCAUUCAGUCAUCCCAUCUGCAAACACACCAGCAAGUUCACACCGGAGAGAGGCCGUACAUGUGCUCUGUGUGUGGGAAAGGAUUUACUCAGUCAUCCCAUCUGCAGACACACCAGCAAGUUCACACCGGGGAGAGACCAUUCCCCUGCUCUGAGUGUGGGAAGGGAUUCACUCGGUUAUCCCACCUGCUGACACACCGGCGAGUUCAUACUGGGGAGAGGCCAUUCACCUGCUUUGAGUGUGGGAAGGGAUUCAGUGAUUCAUCCAACUUAUUGACACACCACCGAGUUCACACCGGAGAGAGGCCGUUCACCUGCACUGUGUGUGGGCAGCGAUUCAGUCAAUCAUCCAGCCUGCUGAGACACCAAGCCAGUCACACCGAAAAGAGACCCUUUAAAUGCUCUGACUGCGGGUGUGGCUUCAAAAGUGCUGUGGUUCUGAUGGCCCACCAGACCAUUCACACUGAGGAGAGACCGUUCAGCUGCUCUCACUGUGCAAAGAGCUUUAGAACAUCAUCCAGCCUUCAGACACACCAGCGAAUUCACACCGGAGAGAGGCCUUUCACCUGCUCUGAGUGUGGGAAGGGAUUCAGUGAUUCAUCCAACAUGCAGAAGCACCAGCGAGCUCACAAUGGGAGGAAACCGUGGAAAUGUAGGGACUGUGGGAAGGGAUUCAAAGCCCCGUCUGAGCUGGAGAUUCAUCGACGCACUCACACUGGGGAGAGGCCAUUCACCUGCCCCGAGUGUGGGAAGGGAUUCAGUGAUUCAUCCAACCUGCUGAUGCACCAGCGAGUUCACACUGGGGAAAGACCAUACACCUGCUCUGAGUGCGGGAAGGGAUUCACUCGGUUAUCCAAUUUGCAGACACACCAGCGAGUUCACAACGGGGAGCGGCCAUUCACUUGCUCUGAGUGUGGGAAGGCAUUCGCUCUGUUAUCCCAUUUGCAGACACACCAGCGAGUUCACACCGGGGAGAGACCAUUCAUCUGUUCUGAGUGUAAGAAGGGAUUUACUAAUUCAUCCAAUCUGCAGAAACACAAGCGAGUUCACACUGGGGAGAGGCCAUUCAGCUGUUCUGAGUGUGGCAAGGCAUUUAAUCAGUUAUCCCACCUGCUAACACACCAGCCAGUUCACAAUGGUGAGAGGCCAUUCACUUGUUCUGAAUGUGGAAAGGGAUUCGUUCAGUUAUCCAAGCUGCUGUUACACCAGCGAGUUCACACUGGCGAGAGGCCAUUCACCUGCUCUGUGUGUGGGAAAGGAUUCACACAGUCAUCCACCCUGCUUUCUCACCAGCGAGUUCACAGUGGGGAGAAGCCAUUCCUCUGUUGUGUGUGCGGGAAGGGAUUCAGAGAUACAUCCAGCCUGCUGAUACACCAACGAGUUCACACUGGGGAGAAGCCUUUCACGUGUUCCACAUGUGGGAAGGGAUUCACUCAGUCAUCCAGCCUGCUAACACACCAGCGAGUUCAUACCGGAGAGAGGCCAUUCAUCUGUUCUGUGUGUGGGAAGGGAUUCACUCAGUCAUCCAACCUGCUGACACACCAGCGAGUUCACAAGUGAUUGCAGACUUGGAUUCUGCUGUUAUUUACAUCCAGAACUGAACCAUGUUCAUUCUGACACUUGGUUAAGUGGGACCAUCGGAGGGUUUUUUUCUGCUGGACUGGCCGGUCUCACGACUUUGAUUCCAGUGGCUGAUGCUCUUUGAGCCUGGGAGCGCACAUUUCCACUGAAAUAAUCCACAAAAGCUAAUGAAGUACAUUUCUUUUACCCUGGACAGUAAAUAGUGUUUUUCCUACCUCUGCUGGUAGAUCAAAAAUAAAUACAUUUGUCUCAGUUCCAUUGCUUCUACAGAACUGGACCAGGCCAGUCGGCUCAAUUGGUCUCUGUCAGUAUUUAUGCUCCACAUGAGCCUCCACCCACCCCUCUUCAUCUCCCCCCAUCAGCAUAUCCUUCUAUUCCUUUCUCCCUCAUGUAUGUAUCUAGCUUCCCCUUAAAUAUAUUCAUGCUAUU